CGACGUUUAGUGAUUCGAAGCUGUCAUAUUAAAGUUAGUCAUUUUUAACAUUCAGUUAACUCCAAGUGAUCCCAUAAAAUAACAAUACACACAUCACGAUGACAUUAGAAUUAAGUGGUGAACUUAAGGAGCGUUUGGUCUUCCUUACCAAGCAAUCUACUCAAGUUCUGCAAGAUUUUUGUAAGCUGAUGCUCGAUUAUCUACAAAAAGGACCAAAUAUGAAGCUGUACAGUGCCGCUGCACAAAAAUUACAAGUGGAGCCACAAAUCAUAAGGAACUCUGUGGAAGCUCUUGUAAACUUUAUAGUAGAAUGUUCCAAGGCCAAGCUUGAAAAAGACGAUUUCAAAGAAACUGUUCUCGACGUAGGCUUUUCAGAAGAGCAAGAGAUCUUAUUGUACAAGGUUUAUUCCGUAAAAAAACAAGAAUUGACUGAUGUUCUUUCUAACUUUGAUAUGAAAUUACCGCAAUAUCAUAAUUUAGAAUGGAGAUUUGAAACUCAGAUUGCAUCAAGAUCAAUGCAGCAACAAGUUGUACCGUUAGUAACUUUAGAUUUGUCGUUGAAAAAUACUUCAAACUCUGACAAAAUUGAACAUGUUCUACUACAAACAGAUCCAAAUAAUCUGAUGCAUCUCGUUCAAGAAUUAGAAACUGCUAUACGUGAAGGAAAUGGAAGGCAUAUUAGAAACAUGGCCAGAAUCAUAAAUUGA